AUGGCGUCCCGGGCCCAGGCGCACCUGGGCCCCAAGUAUGUGGGCCUCUGGGACUUUAAGGCCCGGACCGACGAGGAGCUCAGCUUCCAGGCAGGAAGUCUCUUCCACGUGGCCAGGAAGGAAGAGGAGUGGUGGUGGGCCACACUGCUGGACGCGGAGGGCGGGGCCCUGGCUGAAGGCUAUGUGCCUCACAACUACCUGGCCGAGAGGGAGACUGUGGAGUCUGAGCCGUGGUUCUUCGGCUGCAUCUCCCGCUCAGAAGCCUUGCACCGACUGCAGGCAGACGGCACGGAGCCCGGGGCCUUCCUGAUCAGGGUCAGCGAGAAGCCGGGCGCCGACUAUGUCCUCUCAGUGCGGGACAGGCCGGCCGUGCGGCACUACAGGAUCUGGAGGUGUGCUGGCCGGCUGCACCUCAGCGCAGCCGUGUCCUUCCCCAGCCUGGCCCAGCUCGUGCGCUACCACCGGGCACACAGCCUGUCCACAGGCCUGCGGCUGACCGUGCCCUGUCGGAAGCACGAGCAGGAGCCCCUGCCCCUCUGUGCCGACUGGGAGCGGCCCCGGGAGGAGUUCACGCUCUGCAGGAAGCUGGGGGCCGGCUACUUCGGGGAGGUCUUCGAGGGGCUCUGGAAAGGCCAGGUCCGCGUGGCCAUUAAGGUGAUUGCCCGAGAUGACCUCCUGCACCAGCACACGUUCCAGUCGGAGAUCCAGGCCAUGAAGAAGCUUCGGCACAAGCACAUCCUGGCGCUGUACGCUGUGGCGUCCGUGGGGGACCCCGUGUACAUCGUCACAGAGCUCAUGGCAAAGGGGAGCCUGCUGGAGCUCCUGCGGGAGUCUGAUGCGAAAGCCCUGCCUGUCUUGGAGCUGGUGGACAUUGCCUCCCAGGUGGCCGAGGGCAUGUGCUACCUGGAGUCUCAGAAUUACAUCCACCGGGACCUGGCUGCCAGGAACAUCCUCGUGGGAGAGAACAACAUUUGCAAAGUGGGGGAUUUUGGGCUGGCCAGGCUCAUCAAGGAGGACAUCUACCUUUCCCACGACCGCAACAUCCCCUACAAGUGGACGGCCCCAGAGGCGCUCUCCCGAGGGCACUACUCCAUCAAAUCUGACGUCUGGUCCUUCGGGGUUCUCCUCCAUGAGAUUUUCAGCAGGGGCCAGAUGCCCUAUCCAGGCAUGUCCAACCACGAGGCCUUCACGAGGGUGGACUCUGGCUACCGCAUGCCCUGCCCCCCUGAGUGCCCGCCCAGUGCCCACAGGCUGAUGCUCGCGUGCUGGCACCGGGACCCUGAGCAGAGGCCCUGCUUCCAAGCCCUGCGGAAGCAGCUCUGCAGCUUCACCAGCUACGAGAACCCAAUCUGAGUGCGGGCCUCCCCCGCCUGGAGGUGGCACAGGGCACAACAGCGCCCAGAUCCAGACUAUACACGCAGGGCAGGAAGCUGCGCCCGCCACCAGGGCGCCCUGCUCUGGCCAGAGAUGUCCUCUACGGCCUCUUCUGAGCACCAGCACCAUGCCAGGCCCUCCCACCUGCCUGAUGUGGAGCCAGGCAGGAGCAGGGAGUGGAGCUGUUCCUGGCACUCACCCACAGCCCACCAGCUGUCAGGACCAGUGCUGGGCCCUCCAGGGCAGUACAUGGUGGGAACCUGGGUCUUGGCUGUGCCCUCCCUUUGCCACCUGGCUCCUGCCUGCCCCGACUUCGGGCUGGGAAGACUUCCCAGCACACUCAAACAGGGUGAGCUGGUGGUUGGGCACUGGUGGCUGUCCCCAUCUUCCUGCCACUGCUAUCAGGAGCUGCCUCUGAAGGCUCUGGGGGCCUGGUCUGGGCACGUGCCCAUGCAGCCUUGGGACCACAGGAGAGCCUGGGUAAGCCCCACCCUACCUGGACACUGAGGACAGGACAGAAGU